AUGCCGCGUCCGAAGGUGAUUCUUCUGGACGCGGUCGGAACGGUGAUCGAACCAUUUCCUUCGGUCGCCGCGGCCUAUCAAUCCGCAGCCCUUUCUAUAGGGCUAGUUCGUGAUAUCGACCAACUGAAAACGCGAUUUCGCGAAGCGAUCCGUCGGUACAGUGUUCAGGCCUUUCAGGCAUCGCGGGGACAAGCAGAUCCGCUUCAAACGGACGAAGCAGCCGAGCGUCAGCGAUGGUUGGCCAUUGUGACCUAUGUGGUCGAUCCCCCAGAGCAUUUGCAGCUCAGUCUAUUCGAGAAGCUUUGGGACCAUUUCGCGGAUCCCCAGAAUUGGCGUGUUUUUCCAGAUGUCUCCCCUGCCCAGUCCAAGCUUGUCGGUGCUGGCUUUCGCUUGGGGCUAGCAUCGAACUUCGACGAACGCUUGCGGCCGAUCGUCGCCCAUCACUUCCCGACGUUCGAUCUACGCUUGUUUAUCUCUUCCGAAAUGGGAUGGGUAAAACCUUCCCAGCAUUUCUACGAGUCGGCGACCACCCAGCUGAAUGUCGCCCCGGAGGAAGUUCUUUUGAUCGGCGACGACUGGGAAAAUGAUGUCGAAUCGCCGAAAAUUUUCGGCUGGCAAACGAUCUUCCUCAAUCGAACGGACCAGGCUUUGCCCGGUGAUAUCACGAAUCACUUCCGCAACUUAGACGAAACA